AUGCUUCGUUUGGACGAAGUCUUGUGUGAGAAGAGAACAAACGCAGGUGAGAAAUUGGGGAAUUUCAAUUGCGAUGAUGAUGACGUGGCUAUUGGGAAUUGGAAGAAUUUCAACACCUCCAAUAGGGAUAGGGAUUUCAAUUUGCUCCCCCAAAAUCUAGCAGAGAGGGAGUUGAGGAAAAUCAGAAUUUCCAAUUGUCAAGUGAUAGUGAGUGUGAAAAACAAGGAGAAGAAGAGGAAGAAGAAGAAGAAGUUAAAUCAGAAUUUCCAAUCUUGCAGUGCAGCCUUUUCUAAUCUUCAGUAA